UGAUUUCUCUGAGUUCAAAAAGUCUUUAUCUUUGCUUAAGUCUCUUAAAAACUUUGUAGCCGAAAAUUUAAAGAUUCAUAUUAAAUAUUUGAUUGCAGUUCGUAAUCAAGAAAAGCCAUCCUAUAAUGAAAAUGUCUUGGCAAGGAUUAAGAUACUUGAUCAACUCACUAUUCAUUUAAAUAUUCCAUCAGCAAGUUGA